AUGGCGCGCGUAGCUCACAAGGCAUCGUCUUGGUGGGAUGAAACGCUUGUUGUCUACGGGCGGUGUGGGCAUUUGGAGGAAUCGAGAAGGAUCUUUGAUGCAUUGCCGGCCAAGAACAUCGCGUCGUGGACGUCGCUCGCGACCGCGUAUGCCGAGAGUGGGCAUCCGGGGGAGGCCAAGGCAGCGUUCGAUCGAAUGGCGGUAUGGGACGUAGUUUCCUCCACUGCGAUGGUCAGGGCGCUGGGCGAUUGCGGGCGGAUUGGAUCGAGCAAGGCGGUGUUUGAUGCGAUGCCCGAGAGGAACUGCAAGACGUGGGCGACGCUGCUGCGGGGAUUUGCCCGCGGCGGAGAGAUUGGGCGAGCGAGAGAAGUGCUGGAUCGGAUGCCCGAGACGAAUGUGGUAGCGUGGACGAUCCUCGUGCAGGGUUUCGCGCAGCGCGGGCGAGUGGGCGGUGCGAAGGCCGCGUUUGAUUCCAUGCCCGAGAAGAACAGCAUCACUCGCGCGGUGAUGCUCGUCAUGUUUGCGGAGAAUGGAUUCGUGGAGGAGGCGGAGGAUGUCUUCCAGGAAAUUGUCCACCGAAACGCGAUCCUCUGGGGGGCGAUGCACUGCUGCUAUGCCCAAAAUGGGGAUAUGAUUCAAGCCAAGAGUUUGUUUGAUAGGAUGCCUCAGCACAGCGUACUUUCGUGGACGAUUAUGAUCAAGUCAUACGCACAAAACGGUGAUGCUGAUCAAGGAAAACACUUGUUUGAAGAAAAGCCACACAGAGAUCUUGUUUCAUGGAACGCGAUAAUCGCUGUUUAUGCCCAGAGAGGUCGUUUCCGGGCGUUUUCUUUGGUUUGCUGUUGGGAUUCCUAUUCAUGGAACACAAUUCUAGUGGUAUAUGCUCUAGAUGCAAAUAUUCGUGAUGCUAAGAAAGCGUUCGAUGAGAUGCCAGCUUGGAACUUUCUCUCCUGGAACACGAUUCUUGCAGCAUAUGCCCAGAUCGGGCAGCGAUCCAGCUCUUCUGGGCGAUGUUUCUUCAUGGCUUUGGCCCCGACAAGGCAGCGUUUGCCAUCAUUUUGA